GGGCGCAGAAGCUGUUUUCAAGCUCAUCCAACGAGACGCACACCUGUGCUUUACUGCCAUCCACUACGACAUGCUGAUCAGCGCCUACGCCAAAAGGGGCCUUGUUUGGGGCGCAAUAAAUGUUAUUCAGAGGAUGCGCCAAGAAGAAAACAUGGCGCCGACUGUCGUCACCUACAAGUCUUUGCUGACCUGCUACGCCAAUGCGGGCAAACUGGAACGGAACUCAGACAGCACGCCAGAGGCUGUUCUGUCUGAGAUGAUGGAGUGCGACGGGGUGGCGCCGCAUGUCGUCCUGAGGACGCUUCUGAAUGCCUACGCUGAGAGAGGCAACGGCCCGGGCGCAGACCGUGUUUUCCGAAUAAUGAAAGACGCACCAGGCCCGGCGCCGGAUGUCGUCACCUACAACAUCCUUAUCAAAGCCCACGUUCGGAAUCGCGACGUUGAUAGCGCAUACGGCGUGCUUCAAAUCAUGAGAGACGCACGCGCGGCGCCGGACGUCCGCACCUACACCGCGCUAGUGGAUGCCUGCGCUAGGAGUGGCAACGUUCGGGGCGCAUACGAGUUGUUUCAAAUGAUGCAAGACGAAGGCGUGGCGCCAAAUGUCGUCACCUACAACGUUCUCAUAGCAGCCCACGCUCGGAAACGCGACGAACGGGGUCGUGCAUGGGAUGUGUUUCAAAUGAUGACAGACGCAGGCGU